AUGGGGGCGCGGCUUCGCUUGAGUUGAGUGUUGCGAGUGCUUGGCUUUUCGUAUGGAAAGAUGCAGAGCUACGCCAGAGGAGUGUGGUGGUUGGCAGCUGUGUUCUGUAGCUUGGCCGUUGGCCAGGGGAGCGCAAAGACCGCCGCCCACCUACCAAAGGUAGACCGAGUGGACCACUACGAACCACUCAGCUACAACACCAGACCGUUGGCAGACAAACACGACCGAAUUUCCCGUGGCGUCAUUUGGGAACCGCAAAUCAGGAAACUUCACUUGCAGUUCACAGCAUAUGGCAGAUCGUUCAACCUCCACCUCCGACCAAGUACUGGGGGUCCAUUUUCUCCCGGAGCUAAAUUCACAGUGAACGGAAAGCCUACGACAUCAUAUGACCCAGCAUCUUUCUAUGAGGGAGAAGUACAGGGUGACCCCUCGUCUCAUGUGACCGGUCACGUGAUAGGCGGAGUAUUCAGCGGAGUAUUGAAAACCUCGGGAGGUACCUACCACGUCGAGAAGACCCAAAAAUACUUCUCCAACCACAAGGACCUGUCGUUUCACUCGUUUAUCUACCACGAAGACGACGUCCAGUUCCCAGACCACCGGGCCGGGUGCGUCGUCAAUGGAACGGUAUGGAGACAGCUCACAGAGCUUCAGGCCACCGCGGUUCCACUCGAAACUGGACGGUUGAAACGAUCGUCGAAAAAUGGGGCCGAAUCGCUCGGGAGUGUUCGGGGGAAGCGAGCUCUAACCAACACAGGAGGCAAUUUCUGCCACAUGCGAGUGGCCGUGGACCACUUGUUCUUCUCCCAGAUCGGCGGCGGUAACGAGCAAGACACCUUCGCCGAAGUCGUAACGGCUUUCAAUCUGGUACAAGAGAUCUAUAGCACUACCGAUUUCGAUGGGGACGGAGCUCAAGAUUUCAUAACUCCUUCCAUCGGACAGUUCGAUCUUUUAACGCUCGAUUCCCCUAAUUAUCGAUUCGCAGACUCGUCGAUAGCGGUCAGUGAAUUCCUCGACCGAUGGUCGCAAGACGACCACACUAUGUUCUGUCUCGCACUUCUUCUCACGAAUCGCGAUUUUGCCGACGGUGUUUUGGGUCUGGCGUGGGUUGCGCAGCCCCCCGGGGGAAAUCGCGGGGGGAUUUGUGAAGACAGGGUUCGUCUGAGCGUCGGGGAACGAAGUCUGAACACGGGAAUUGUGACGUACACGAACUAUGGCAACAGACAACCGAGAGCUGUUAGCGUGGUCACCAUAGCUCAUGAGCUGGGACACAAUUUCGGAUCUCCGCAUGACUCACAGGGUGGCCGGUGCUCUCCGGGCGGUAGCAGCGGGAACUUCAUCAUGUUUCCGCAGGCAACCAACGGCCGUCAGACCAACAACAACAGGUUCUCUCCGUGCAGUAGAGAAGACAUAAGAAACGUGCUACAGUCAACCAAGAGUGACUGCUUUGCAACUGAGGCAUUCUGUGGUAAUGCAGUUCUUGAAGAAGGAGAGGAGUGCGAUGUGGAUCGCUGCUGUGACAACUCCACUUGUACCCUUCUAGCAGGGAAUGAAUGCAGCUCCCAGCAAGAGUGCUGUGACCUAAACUGUAUGAUUAUAACUGACAAUCGAACAGAUUGCCGAGGUCAGACAGACUGUGCACUGACGUCAUUCUGCAAAUAUCCUUUCAUCAUGUGUGUUACGUCCACACUAGUUUUAGUUUGUGCAUCAUUAAAGGGAAUGUGGUGGUACAGAAAUUAUUACUGAAACCCGAAACUUAAUUCUUGCACUUGGCCCUAUUGUCCAAUUCUUAAGUUUCGCCUUUUGAACACAAGAGCAACUCACAUAGUUUCUUGACAAACUGCCAGAGGGCGAAUGCUAUUAUUAUUAUAUACUCCAACUGCUUAUUACCAACCUAAAAUUGCUGGUACGAAUUAAUCCAUGUGGCUUUGUACAUGCUCCAAGUUGUUGUAACACAAACAAAUAAAUCUGAUUGUUUUCCUUAAUUAACUCUUUCCUCACUGGGACCAGUGGAGCGUGUCCUCCCUCGCAACCCAAAGAAGGCACUGGUUUGCCCCUGCUCUGUAACAACGGAACAAACGUGUGCGACGAAGGCAGCUGCAUUGGGUCGUACUGCCUCCAGUUUGCGGUGCUCACGGAGUGUCAGUGCACCGGUGGUGACGUCAACGAAGACAGCGACAGACUGUGCGAAGUGUGCUGCAGUUAUCAAGGGGACUGUAUGAGCACCAUCGACCUCGUCGGUAUUGAGUCAAGGGAUUCAGAUCUGACAGGAAUAAGAGGCCUUAGACUGGAGGCUGGAAGAUCUUGCAAUAACUUUCAGGGUUACUGCAGUCAGCAGGACAGCAUUGGUGUCAGUCGAUGCAUAGAAGUCGACAACGAACAAACUCUAAAUGACCUUCUCGACCUACUGAGUUUCGAGACACUCAAUGCGAUCGUAGCCUGGCUAACUGUGUACUGGUGGAUAGCAAUAAUCGUCAUUAUUGCAAUUCUAGUUUUGUUCAUCUUGCUUCAAGCCACCUACCGCAAACGAGCGCCGCUGAAGAGACGGUUUUCGAGAGCAAGAAAUUCAUUGAGACAGAAUUCUUUGGGGGGUGGGGCCAGUGGUGGGAGGGGCCAACAGGUGGAGGGAGGGAGAGGGGGAGGAGGGGGAGGAGGAAGGGGUAGGAGAAGAAGAGAAGAUGGCAGAAGACAAAUUUCACCAGAUGAUGCAGUGAGGCGUCUCUCGGCAUUCUUCCCUACAGCACAACCAGGCAUUGUCCGUGAUGUCAUUCGACAGUCAACGAGCGAAUCAAAAGCCGUCAAACGAAUGUUGGAACUCGAAUUCCCGUUGAAGAAAAUCCCAAUUCCUCGUGCCUAGUUCUCUUGAACAACAAUAUUAUCUGUUGUCGAUUUGUACACUUCUCCUCUUUUUAUCUGCAUUUUAUUUUAGUAUUAUCUCAUGCGUUAGUGUGUGUCUAUUGUAACUUUAUUGCUUCGUGCUUUCUUAUCGCUAUUUCGGACGUGUUCCAUAAUAAAACUUGCUAACUGUAGCACGCAUGGAGGUGAAACUUGGUGCGUAUGUGAAACAACUGUCCAGAGCUCCGGAUCCGCUUCUGUUUUCUCUUGCAUUGGCAUCACAUGGUCUAAUACCUUCAUGUGUAUAUAAUUAUAAUAUUGUUUCCAUAACGACCACAACGGCCAGUCACUAUAAUAGUGGAACCUCCAGAAUGGAUUAAUGAUAAUAAUUAUUAUUAUAAUGGACACUGUUAUAUUAUACCAAGUAUUAUGUUGUCUUUUAUAGGG